CCUCAGAUAUGGACGAUGAUUUUUUCAGCGCCAAAACAUCCAGUCUCUCAUCUUCCCUAGUAUCCAUCGUGCCCUCCUCCUGACACCCUCGCGCCACACCAACACUCUAAGCGGCAACCCCCGCCCUGCCAAGAGCAUCCACAUCAUCCAUCUCACACCGCAUCACAACCCACACCCAAAUGCUCCCCUACCGAUGAAUGUACACGUUCCUCCCGUCCACUUCACCCUCCGCAUGCACCACACUCGACUCUCCCUUCUACCCUGACCCUGACAUACCCGCACCCCUGCCGCACCCACACUCCGUCGUCCCCGUCGAGAUAACCCACGAAACACCAUUCGCACCAUACGGCAGCGCCUCUGAGACGUCCUCUGUGGUGUACAUCCCUCCAACUGGCGCACCGGGGUACCGUGGGGAAGGGUACGAUUGGGAUAAAGGGUUCUCCAAGGACUUGGAGAGGGAGCCGGCGAAUAAGGAGAAUCGGCAUGAGAGGGCUCCGACGGCUCCUCUUCCUCCCCCGGCGAGCACGGGCGAUAGUAUUGAGAGGAAGAUCGGAGAUGUGGAGUUGAGAGGGAAAAGGGAGAGUCCGGUUGGCGUGUUGGAGGCUGUGCUAGCGAAUAUGAUCCGCCAACGUCUCCCAGCACUCUCCCGUCUCCUACGCACAUGGACCCUCCUCUACUCACUCGACCAACUCGGUAUAUCCCUCAACACACUCUACUCCCGAUCCGAGCAACCCGAACCCGUCAGUGCACUUGUCGUCAUCAAAGACGACGGCGACACCAUCUUUGGCGCGUUCGUAGGGGACGGAAUUCGACAGAGCAGAGAGAGAGGGUACUAUGGCAGUGGUGAAUCAUUCCUAUGGCGGUACUCCAACUGCAAGCUGUCGGUGUACAAACCCACGGGCCGAAACUCCUACAUCGCACUCUGCGAAUUCAAUUACCUCAGUUUCGGCGGAGGGGGCGUACGGGCUCUAUAUUGAUAAGAGCUUGUUGGAGGGCUCGUCGGCGCGGUGUGUGACGUUUGGGAACGAGAUGCUUUGUUCGCCUGGGAG